CAGUUCGUGGUACUGUGGUCUUCACUGAGCCGUCACUUUUCAAAAAUCUUGUUUAUUUUCGGUUCGGUUCGGUUUUCGUGUGUUUUUCGGGCAUUUGACAACCUGGGGAAAAAUGGCGCCCGAGUGAGACAUCUUUCUCGGUAGACGAUCUUUGUAAACAGUGGUGUUAAUUUACUGCGCAUGCUCAGAGGGCGACACGAGUCCGCGAGCCUCCACGUCUGAGCACGAGUGCUGAGCCAAUCAGAAGCGGCCACCGAGUGUUUGGAAACAACAUUCGUGCGGUUAAAGUUCCGUGUGACGGACAACGAGUGAGGAGAGGAGAACCAGAACCAUGGCCGUGGAAGGUUCUCGAUCAAACACGACCCGUCUGCUCAUUAAAUCACCGAACCAGACUCUGAAGGACCACAGCGUCGACGGUGUCCACCUGGACUGGACCGUGAAGGACCUGAAGACGCUGCUGUCCAAAGACUACCCGACGAAACCGGCCGUCAGUGAUCAGAGACUCAUCUUCGCUGGUAAACUGUUACCUGAUCAUUUUCUGCUCAGAGACAUUUUCACACAGACAGACUCGGUGAACACUCUGCACCUGGUUUCUGCCUUCAGGACUCAACAUGGAGUCAGAGCUGAGUCCACAGAGACAGAGGGCUCGCAGAGACUCACAGCAGCGUCUGUGUCCACGUCCAACAUCACAGAGCUGAGACACCGGAGUCACUGGACAUCAUCUUCAUCAUCUACUGCUGUUCCCAUGUCUCAACCAUGGAGUCCUGCUGAUACUGCAAGGUGGGGAGCGCCACAGGUGGCUCCGCCCACAUUUCCCAGCCACUCCCUGUACAGUGGUGAGCAGCUGCUGUGGCUGCAGCUGGUCUACACUCGACAGUUUUACCUGCAGUACCAUGCCGCUUUGGCAGCAGCAAACUCCGCCUCCUCUCCACCAGCCUCAGUUGUCGCCCAGUACCCUCCUGUCCCCGCCCACCAAGUCGUCCCCACACCGGCCCCGCGAGCCAACGAGAACCCAGUCGACGACCUGCCGGCCAAUCAGAACGCGGCGCAGGACGGGGCCUUCAUUGGCGCGGGAGUGGCCAAUCAGAACCUGCGUAUGAACGCGCAGGGCGGAGCCGUGAUGGAGGACGAGGAUGCGGCAGAACACGAUUGGCUGGACUGGUUUUAUUCUGCUGCGAGACUCGGUGUUCUGCUCAUGAUCGUUUACUUCAACUCUAACCUGAGUCGCCUCCUGCUGGUGAUGAGCACGCUACUGCUCCUCUACCUACACACCGCUGGUUGGUUUCCCUUCAGAAGACCUCAGGCUCAAAGACCUGAUCACCUGCAGCCCCUGGAGGUCCGGCAGAACCAGCAGAACCAGAACAGGAAUCCAGCAGAUGUCGCUGACAGACAGAGGGAGGAGCUUGUUGCUGACAGACAGAGGGAGGAGCUUGUUGCUGACAGACAGAGGGAGGAGCUUGUUGCUGACAGACAGGGGGAGGAGCUUGUUGCUGACAGACAGAGGGAGGAGCUUGUUGCUGACAGACAGGGGGAGGAGCUUAUGGUUGCAGGACACGAAGCAAUGAUGGCGGUUUUGGUUCCUGCACACCGGACUUCGGUUAUGUGGACGGCCUGGGUUUUCUUCAGAACCUUCUUCUCCUCGCUGAUUCCUGAGGGUCAACACAUUUGACUGAGGGAAGGGGACACGAGGACGAGGACACCAAAGAGACACAUGUGCCAAAAACAUUAGACUUUAUUUGAAAAUGUAUAAUUAUUAAAAACUUGUAUAUUUGUGGAUGAUUUCAGUUCAAUACAAACAUUUAAAUAAAGUUUGAUUUAAAUGUGAAAAUCCACAGAUCAAAGAAAUCAACGAUCACAAGACGACAAAAUGUCAACUUUCAGUUUAAAAACUGAAAAAAGAAGCAAAAAAAAGUUUCACAGAAGCUUAAAAGAAAGUUUGAUCUAUUAGUAAUUGAUAAUAACUUAUAAUAAUUGUGUGUAUGUUUCAUCAGACAAACUAAAUCAAACUCAUCAACAGAUUUCAGAAUCAGAAAAUAAUUUCCUGUAAAAUAACAAAUAUAAAGUUUGUAAAUAAUUGUAAACAAAGCACUUCACUUUGAAAAGAUUCAACUUCUUUUUGUGAUAAAGUUAAAACAAGGAUGUUUGAGUCACAGACAUCAGGUCAGGUAACUUUCUUCCUGUGUUUUUUGUUUGUUUAUGGCCAAAGAUUUGAAAUAAACAUUGAAACCAGGGCCUGUUUCAGGAAGCUGGUUCAACAGACUCUGA